GAAGCCAGGAUGGGAGGGUGGUUAUUAUGAAUUCAAAGGAAAAUCUAAAGCAGGGGUCAAUGUGGAAUUUCAUGAAAGUUGAGGGAGUCCUAUAUAAUAGAUUUUUUUGUUUAUCUUCCUCCUCCUGAUCCUUGCUCAAUCGCUCAGCUCUUCAUAACUGUUUCAGCUCUCUGAACGACACCUUAUUUACCCGUCUCAUUGCGGGUAAAUUUGGAGUAUAAAUUGGAAAAAGAAAGGUUGGAGAUUAAUGGAGAGCAGUUUUGAGCCCAAGAUGUCAAACUCUUCAUCUAUAAUGGAGAAGGGAUAUGGGGAAUUCGGAUGUUCGCAUUAUCGAAGAAGGUGCAAGAUCAGGGCACCUUGUUGCGAUGAGAUAUUCGACUGCAGGCAUUGCCAUAAUGAAUCCAAGAACUCAAUCGAAGUUAAUCCUUUAGAUCGUCAUGAGGUUCCUCGCCAUGAUAUAAAAAGGGUUAUUUGUUCCUUGUGUGACAGAGAACAAGAUGUUCAACAGCAUUGCAUUUACUGUGGGGUUUGCAUGGGGAAGUAUUUUUGUUCCAAAUGCAACUUUUUCGAUGACGAUGUCUCGAAAAAUCAGUACCAUUGUGACGAAUGUGGUAUCUGCAGAAUUGGAGGAGAGGAGAAUUUUUUCCAUUGUAAUAAGUGUGGAUGUUGCUAUUCUACAAUGUUGAAGAACUCCCACAAUUGUGUUGAAAAAGCUAUGCACCAUAAUUGCGCUGUUUGCUUUGAAUUUCUCUUUGAUACAACGAAAGACAUAACUGUCUUACCAUGUGGCCACACUAUACAUUUGGAAUGUGUAAAAGAGAUGGAGUCUCAUUUCCGGUAUUCAUGUCCUGUUUGCUCAAAAUCCUACUGUGAUAUGUCGCGGGUGUGGGAAAGACUUGAUCGUGAGGUUGCUUCGACAGUGAUGCCUCAAAUUUAUCAGAAUAAGAUGGUUUGGAUUCUUUGUAAUGACUGUGGUGAAAAUUCUGAGGUUAAUUUUCAUAUUGUGGCACACAAGUGCCUAAAAUGUAACUCAUACAACACAAGGCAGACACGGGGAGGUGCUGCUUCAUGCUCGUCAGAGAUUGCCGAAAUAGUUAGAUGAUGGGUUCAACUAUGUUUAUUUACUGGUAUUCAGUUUCGACUUAGGUCCACUGUUAACUGUUGUAGAAUGGGGAAACCUACUUGGUCAGCAGAGGGUAGCCGGGAUAAUAUAUUCCCUUAUACUUUGGUUACUCGUGUCUCUUAUUCUAAUCUGCUGGUUCUGGAGCUGCUGAUUGUAUCAGUAGAGCAAGGGAAACUUGGAAGAAUGCAUAUGCUAAUGUACUCGGAUCGUUGUUGACAUUGAAUAAAUUCCAAAAUUUUUAAGGAAUCAA